AUGGCUUCUGGAUCGGAGCGCGAUCCCAUCCUAAUUCUUCGUAUUGAUGGCGAAGAUCUUCAAGAAUUUCUUGCUGCACCUCAGCUGGAGACCAUCGCAACUAGCAUGUAUUCAGAAAUUGCAGAUGCAAACGACAUACAUGAGUGCACUGUUAAGGCCUUGAACAAGCUUACUGUGGACCAUGGAAUGCCACCAACAUCUGAUCCAUGGGUCCAUGCUAACAUCGUGGAGCCAUCUCUGCAACUAAGUGAUUUACCAAGGAACGAGGGCCCAAUAUCUCAAGAGAUCUUCUUUGAGUCGCUUAAGAAAGUUCUGGGAAAUGUUGUGGCUAAACUGAAGGAUCAGCCUGUAAUAGUUGCCCAUAGUGAGAAAAUAUUUGAUGGAAGUGGCAUAAAGAGGCUCUUCUCUAACAAUUAUCAAAUGGAUCAGGAUCAGCAAGGACAGCUCUCAAGGGAGUAUCUACGUGUUGCCUUGGAUGUCAUAGCUCCAGCAGUGAGCCUUCCCGCUUACGGCACCGUGGAUCAGAUGGAUGCAGCAACUGCUCAAGUGUUUGAAAUGGUGAAAGCAGGAGAAGAGAGCACACUUGACCAAGAAGAGUUCAACAAGCUGAUUAUAGAGAUACUCACCCAUUUGAUGCUCAAAUUAGAAGGAAACCCAGUGACUGUGUCCUCAAACGCUGUGGUAAAUGAACCUAUUACCUCAACACUUGUUGCACCAUCACAGUGA